AACCACAAUCGCGUGGUUUAAAUUCUACGUAGUCACAAAUUUAAAAAUGAACAUGUGGCUACCACUUUAAAAAUCAUAUCACAUAUUGCUAUUUUACUAGAAAUGUGGCUUAUACAUAGGGGUAGUAUUGAAAUACCAUUACCUAUUUGUUACAGUCUUCAACCGUUCUAGAGAGAAAGUGGUAGAUUCUUAAUAUUGACUUAUUUUAUCUCACACUGAAAUUGCCACUGAUAAAUCAAUUUUUGGUUAUCCUAUAAUCCGCCCAUCUCGCAACUUUGAUCCGUGAACCGAACCGGAUUGGGAAAAUCAAACCCGGUCCUUUCUAUCCAAACCUGGGAUAAGCUAAUCCUCUCACCCAAACACACACACCUCCUCCCUCUCCCGAAACCACGAUCAAUUCAAUUCAAUUCAAUUUCAAAGCCAAUUCGAAAACGAAACUUCCUCCUCAUGGCGACAUCCAUCGAGAGCAGCGACGUGGAGGUUGGAUUCGCGAAGCUCCAGGGCGAAGACUUCGAGUACUACAUGCAGACGUACUCAAUCGUCCUCGGCCGCAACUCCAAGAAAUCCACCGUCGACGUCGACCUCUCUUCCCUCGGCGGCGGGAUGAACAUCUCCCGAAACCACGCGCGGAUCUUCUACGACUUCACGCGCCGCAGGUUCGCGCUCGAGGUGCUGGGGAAGAACGGGUGCCUCGUCGAAGGCGUUCUCCACCUCCCGGGGAACCCGGCCGUUAAGCUGGACUCGCAGGACUUGCUUCAGAUCGGAGAUAAGGAGUUUUACUUUCUGCUUCCUGUGAGGAGUAUCCUAGGUGGGCCUAGGCACGUUGUUUCCGGGCCUGUUGGGCCUUAUAAUCAGUAUCCUGGUUCUGGUUCAGGAAAGAGAGGCGGGAGGGGAAGAGACUACUUUGAAGAGGAUGAUGAUGAUGAUAAUGUGAGGAGGAGUGGGAAGAACUCAAGGAGAGAGGGGUAUGGAGGGUCUGCACCUGCUUCAGUUGAGAGGAAGGGAGAGGGAAGAACAAGGGCGGAUAGGGAAGCUGAUGAUCAGCAAGUUUUGCAGCUUGAGGAAAAAGAUGUUGUGUCAUCUGUUGCCAAUGUGCUUUCUGACUCGUGCGGUCCAGGAGAGUAUAUGGCUAUGGAGAAGCUUCAUUCCGUGAUACUGGAGAAUUACGGGAACAUAUGGCACCACAGUCGUGUGAGGAGAUACCUAACACCUGAGAACUGGGCAGUUCCAGAAGCAAAGGGUAAAGCAUGGUACGGACUGCUGAUGCUGCUGAGGAAAUACCCAGAGCAUUUCGUUAUCAACACUAGGUCAAAGGGCAGGGUCACUCAUGAGUUUGUUUCCCUUGUCUCCCUUCUCUCCUGAAACCACCACAUCCUUUUAUUUUAUUUUUUUUUCCUCGAACAUCAAAUGAUACCACAUCCCAUCAUGAUUAAAAAUCAUGUGCUUUGGUUAGUGCAGGAAGUUUCCUACUUUUUUUUCUGUAAAUAAGAUAGUGUCAGAGGUUACUUUUGGAUGGUUCUUCUCUUAUGUUUA